AACCACACCACGACCAAACAACCUUGCAUGAGUAAAAAUUGACCGUAGCAAUCGAAUUGCCCAACUUCUUCCCUUCAAGCGAAGCACGCAAGCGAACCGAUGAACACCUCCGCGACAACCCGCGCUCUCCGCGCAUACGCGCGCACCCAGCGCACCGUCUCCCGAUCCAUCCCUCGAGCUUCGCCGACAUCACUACGACCUUCUGCCGCUGCCGCCCAGCCAUUAUGCAUGCGCAGUCAAUUCCACACGACUCCCUUCAGAUCAAAAAAUGAGAAACCCAAGGAUUACCAGGGGGCGACCGACUUCAGCGAGAUGGACGUGCUAGCCAACACGCCCAUCCCCUCAACCUCAAUCGACGCCUGCGUAUGGGAUGGCUUCCACCUGAACAGCGGUGUCAAGAUCAUGGACGGCGAUGCGGCACUACUCAUCGGCGGCGAGGCAUUCGAGUGGAGGCCCUGGGAGGCGAAAGGAUCCAAGAAUUUGAUCAAUGCCAAGGGCCAGUUCGAGCUGCCCGCGGAAGCAUUCGGGCUCCUGGAUCUGGUCUGGCCGAGACCUGAUCUUCUCAUCAUCGGUGUUGGUCCCAAGAUCGUACCCCUUAGCCCGUCGACGAGGAAGCACCUCAGCUCGCUUGGCAUCCGCGUCGAGGUGCUGGACACAAGAAACGCCGCCUCCCAGUUCAACCUUCUUGCUACAGAGAGAGGCGUCGAUGUUGUUGCGGGCGCGAUGAUUCCCAUCGGAUGGAAGGAGGGUAAGGGAGCUGUAUGAAGCGCAGGCGGCGGACCGGGAAACCUUCAAUUCGAGUCAUGAUGAGUCGAAUUUGGGCUGGCUAUCUAGAGAGAGACACACGUAUGCCACCCGGAUUACAGUCAAUUGCACUGCAGUUUCACGGCGAUCCAUGGGACGCAACGGGGUAUGACAGAGGUGUCAGGCUCCUCUCGCCCAAGGCAAACUCUCGAUUGAUUCCACCAGGGAGUCCAUCUGCAUUUUCUUUUGGCCCCGCCAAAAGUCCCACCUCUUGGCUGUGACUGCCAGAGCUGUACUAUCACAACCCUUCAAUGCUGAUUCGGAAACACUCCGCAACCAACAUUAAAAGCUUUCGCCAGCAGAGGAUGACUUGUAAUACAUAGAAUAUUAGUUACCUAAACACAAUGUACAAUACCCAGAAUUCAACUUC